GACACCAUCUGAACAAUGCUGUUUUACAUAAAUCCCCGAAGGGAUGUGUGCUUCCUCCCAUUGACAUAUCUAAUGGAAAAGAGAUUCCAGCUGCUUCUCCAUGAGGGAAAAGAGAAGGGAGAAAGUGCAGCUCAGUUCAGAGGAGCACGGAGAGCUUUAGCUGCUGAAGGAAGAGUUAGUGAAAGGAGUAAAAUGGGAGCAGCUGCCACUUCGUACACAUUCCUGUGUUUAUGUUUUCUGGCUGUGUGUGUUCCUACAGGGAUGAUCGACGCUGCACCAACACAGGCCCCUGUGACAGAGGUGAAGAGGGCCAGAGGUGAUGUUCCUGAUAUUCUUCCAGAACCUGAACCAGAGCCAACCAGCCAAGUGUCAGACUUCGAAAACUCGUACAACUACGUCUUAUCCAGACUAGCUGGUAUAGACCAGGCCAUUCACAAGUUAAAUGUCGGUCAUUACACUCUGGAUGUUAAAGUCAGCCAGCUGAUCGACCGAAUCUCCAGGCUGGACGCUAAAGUUGGGGAUUUGGAGGACAGCAUCCAGGAGGUCUACCAACACAGCAAGGACAAUCGUAAGGAAAUUGGAAGACUGGAAGGCUGCCAAAAAGGACAUAAAAUGGGCUACAAAUGUUACCUAGUCUACAACAGUUUAGCCGACUAUGCGGGAGCAUCAAGGAAGUGCCUGGAACGUGGAGGACGCUUGGCAAUGCCCCGUGACCGCAAGGAGCAGGAGGCCCUGGCAGACUAUGUCAAGGCCUUCUUUAGCCCGGGGAACUGGCCCGUCUGGCUGGGGAUCAACGACCUGCGCUCUGAAGGCUGGUACCUAUUCGACGAUGGCACACGGGUCACGUACUUCCAGUGGCGUAAACACUUCCUGUCCAGUCAGCCAGACGGAGGAAAACGAGAAAACUGCGUGGCUAUGUCAUCGGAUGAUGGGGACUGGUGGGACCACUACUGCGACCGGACCAUGAACUAUGUCUGCGAGUUUGAUGACAGGGUGGCACUUUGAAAUGAACUCUUUUAAAAACAGUUUCAUUUUCCUGAUAAUGACAGUACUUCAAAGCUGAAUGUGUUGAUCUUCAGAAAUAGAAAUAAAAGAAACAAACAUUUUUUUUAUUUAA